AUGGCCACGCAGUCAGGAAUCACCAUCGAAGGGCCCAAUAAGCCCUACACCAUCGUCGAUAACAUUCCCCGCCCAACCCCAGGCCCGAAGCAGGUUCUGGUGAAGUCCCUUGCCGUGGGAAUCAAUCCUGUUGAGCCCAUGCAGCAGCACUCUGGCCUUCUUAUCAACGAGUGGCCGGCCAUCAUCGGCAGUGACUGUGCCGGCAUUGUCAUCGAUGUCGGUCCGGACUGCAAGAAGCUGGAGCGAGGCGAUUAUGUCUUUGGGUGUGCACCUCUCGGCCAGAACAGGUUCACCCCAUUCCAAGAGACUUUUCUUGUUGUGGAGGAUGUCUUUCUCAAGAGAAGCCCGAACCUCUCUAUCGAGGCUACCUGUGGCAUAGGCGUUGGACUUUUGACGUCGAGUCUCUGCCUUUUGGCGGGCGCAGAGCUCAAGCUACCUGAGGACGGUGUCAAGGCCCCCGAAAAGCAUGAAUGGUUUGUGGUUUUGGGAGGCACUGGGACCGUUGGCCAGCUUGCAGUCCAGAUUGCCCAUGCUUGUGGAUAUAAGGUCCUGGCGUCGUGCUCCCCGUCCAAGAACGCUGUUGCUAUUGUAAAUGGUGCCGCGGCAACGUUCAAUAACAGAGCCACAAUUGACGAGCAGCUGGCAGAGAUUCGUACAAUCACUGGCGGCAACUUUGCCAGGAUGUUUGACGCCACUGCAUAUGGUUACGACCUGAUGGUGAAGGCGCUUGAGACCUGCUCCACGGCGACGACCAAGUAUCUGACGACUGUUGAUGACUGGUCCGAGUUCAAGACCCCGUCCACGAUAAAGGAGUACCGAGCUGAACUUGGCCACCUUUGCCGUUUUGAUGAGCCCCUUGGAGUCGAGGUGACGAGGGACAUUGCCAGUUGGAUUCCUACUCUGGAAACCCAUCUUGCUGCUGGCACGUUGAAACCAAUCGAGUAUGAAGUGGUCGAUGGGGUUGGUUGGGGCAAGGUCAUCCAGGGCAUCCAGGACCUGGAGAACGGGAAGAUUACAAAGAAGCUGGUUGUCAGAACUCAGAGCGAAUAA